UGGCUCGUUCCCUACAUCCACAUACACGUGAAAAGGACCCGUCUUCGCUCCACGCAACUGCAACUGCAGCCGCAACGCCAAGAGACAUUUGUUACAUGAGAGGGCAAAAAAUAACAGAGCAAGCAUUUAAAGUUCUGGAGUUCAGACUCUGCUUUAAAUUUUGAAGGAAACCCACCUCCACCCCACCUAUUAGAGAGCUUGAGCUGAGUGAGAGAGGAGAGAGGAAGAAGAGGAAGAGAGAUGGAGGGGAUAGAACAUAGGAUGGUCAGCGUGAAUGGAAUAAACAUGCACAUAGCGGAGAAAGGGGAAGGACCAGUCGUUCUCUUCAUUCACGGCUUCCCCGAGCUAUGGUACAGUUGGAGGCACCAGAUCGUCGCUCUUGCUGCCCGCGGUUACCGAGCCGUCGCUCCUGACCUCCGCGGCUACGGAGAUACUGAUGCUCCCCCUUCCAUCACUAGCUACUCCGUCUUUCACAUUGUUGGCGACCUUAUCGCUCUCCUCAACAUCCUCGGCCAAGAUCAGGUUUUUGUGGUGGGACAUGAUUGGGGAGCAAUCAUCGCAUGGUAUCUUUGCUUGUUUCGGCCGGACCGGGUUAAGGCAUUGGUUAACCUUAGCGUCUCCUUUAUGCCUCGAAAUCCGGCCGGGAAGACUGUUCAGAGGUUGCGAGCCGCUUUUGGGGAUAACUAUUACAUCUGCAGAUUUCAGGAACCUGGAGAGAUAGAAGCUGAGUUUGCUCAAGCUGGUGCUACAAAAAUAAUGAAGUAUUUCCUAACAUAUAAAAAAACAGGCCCCCUCAUCCUUCCUAAAGGAAGUAUUAGAGGCUUACAUGAUGCCCCUCAAGUUGAUGAGUUGCCUCCUUGGCUAACAGAAGAAGACGUUAACUACUAUGCUACCAAAUUCGAGCAAAAGGGCUUCACCGGGGGACUGAACUACUACCGAGCUCUGGACCUAACGUGGGAGAUCACAGCACCAUGGACUAACGUACAAGUGAAAGUGCCAGCGAAGUUUAUUGUGGGCGACCAGGAUGUGACCUACACUACUCCAGGUGCAAAGGAAUACAUACAUGGCGGUGGCUUCAAAAGAGAUGUGCCAUUCCUGCAGGAAGUUGUUGUAAUGGAAGGAGUAGGGCACUUCAUCACCCAGGAAAGGGCUGAUGAAAUUAGUGCACACAUUCAUGACUUCAUUCAGAAGUUCUGAUCGGGUUAUGUUCUUUCUUUUCUCCCCCUUUAGUCCAUCAGUUGAUGUUGUUCCUUUGCAAGUCUAGUGUGAACUCUGUUGUCUUAAAAUAAAAAUAGUUUUAUCUGGUAGAAUUUUGUUGUGAUGAGCAAGUACAUCAGAGUUUUUGCGGUGGAGAUAUUUAUAUUUGCACUCUUCCCAAAUACCGUAUACUGGCUUUAAAAAUGCUUAGCCUCAGAAAUAUGACCGUCGGGAUGUAAGGCAUUGACCAAUACACCUGUAAUGGUCUUCUGUGUUUGUGUUCAGCCGUGAUAUUUAAUUUUUCUAGUUGAGAAUA